UGGAAUUUAUUGUUUUUGAUAUCACAAGUCGUAAUAACACAUUUUGUAACGAGUAGCAGUUUAUUUCUUUAACGACCAAAAGCACCGUCUGUUUACUCUAUGAUAACUUAUAGUUAUAGUUAAGUACAUACAUCUAUUAUUGCAUAUGGUGAAAUUUAUAAACUUCUGGAAAGUUUGUACAUGUAUGGAGCUUUUCUUAUCUGAAGACAGUGGAUAUUGGUGUGAAGCUCAACACUGACUGAUUUCAGUAAUUUGUGGAUGUAAUCUUUUUGAAAAUAACCACCUAAAUAAUCUGCUAUUUCUAAUACGUGAGGAAAAUUACCAAAUAUUUUACAUACUGUCAAAUAAAUUUCUGUUGAGAAAUAGAUACCUAUCUUUCUUAAGCCUUGUUUCUUCCAUAACGUAAAUUGUAUUGGAAAUUUAGGUAUUUCAAUAAAACUAUAUACUUAUUUAUUUUGAAACUGAACUGCUAUGAGAAUGCCAGCACGAAACCGUAUGUUACCGAAUUUUGGUCACUGCUUAGUUGAGUAUAAAGAUAUGCGAUUUUUAAUUAUGGAUCGUCCUUCAAAAUCUAAUAUUGUGCAGUUUGUUGAGGAGUUGAAGAAAUGUGAUGUACACGAUGUCAUAAGAGUUUGUGAGCCAACCUAUAACAGCGAUUUAUUAAUUAAAGAAGGAAUCAAUGUUACUGAUUGGCAGUUUGAUGAUGGUGCAGCUCCUCCACGAAAUGUUGUUGAUGCUUGGUUAGAACUACUAAAGUCUCGUUUUCAUGAGCAUCCAGGAACAACAAUUGCCAUUCAUUGUGUUGCUGGUUUAGGAAGAGCACCUGUUUUAGUUGCCAUUGCCCUUAUUGAAGCUGGUAUGAAAUAUGAAGAUGCAGUCAACCAUAUUCGUAAAAAUCGUAGAGGAGCUAUCAAUAGUAAGCAGCUUGAAUACCUUGAAAAAUACAAACCUCAUAAAAUAUUAAAUAAUAAAGAUAAGUCUGGGUGUUGUUUACAAUGAACCUUCAUUGUGAGAGUAACCAAAAAAACUAUGAUAUUUGAUGUACUCCGACAUCCUUUUGGAGGUACUUUGCUCUUUUUAUUUAAAGGUUAACACUAAAGUACUGAACAGAUCAGGUACUUGAUGAUUGAAUCCAUCAACAAUUUUUUUAUAUUCAGAUGUAUUUCGGAUUAUGUUCUUGUGUGUUUGACUUUCUUAACACUAUUAUGAAGGCUAAAGUAUUGACUAAUGAAUGAAAAAUGAAUUAUUUAAUACGUAAAAUUUAAUUCCAUAAAUAAUUUUGUAAAAAUUUAAUAUAAAGAAGUAGUAUAUUGUUUACAAAUAAAUUAAAUUAAAAUAG